AUGGCAAGACGAAAUAUGAAGAGGCUGAAUUUCAUAAAUGGCUCUCUUUUGGGACGUAAACGAGUCGUUACUGAGCAAAUUCAUUUGGAAGAGACCGAAGAACAAGGACAAUCUGAAGUAGACGUCAUCAAUAUUAACAUGUUACCAGAAACUGAAACAGUUUGUGAUCGAGAAGAAGUGAUUCGCGAUUGCCAGGAGCUAUUCGAUAAAUUUGCUGGCGAAGCUCACGAUUUAAUGGCCGAUUUUCACGAAAGAUAUCUGUUGUGGGCGUUUUCUGACAUGCUUCCGCCGCAAAUGAAGGCAUUAGAGGCUUCGCAACCAUGGAUUAUUUACUGGAUUGCCAAUUCACUGAAAGUUAUGUGCCCUGGCUCCUUAACUACAGAUACACAGCGUCGAAUAUGUCAAAAACUGUUGAAAAUCGCAGAACCAGAUGGAUUGUUUGCCGGUGGGCAAGGGCAGCUGCCCAAUUUGCUGUGCACCUACGCUUCAAUCGCAGCAUUGGCCCUCUGCGACAAUGUAGACGACUGUUGGGAACAGAUUGACCGGAAAGCGAUCUACAAUUGGCUAAUGAAACUCAAAACUCCCGAUGGAGGUUUCCGAACAUGUUUAGAAGUUGGCGAGUGCGACACCAGAGGCAUAUAUUGUGCACUAGCAGUAGCUCAAAUGCUGCAAAUAAUGACGUCCGAACUUUGUCAAAACGUCAAAUUCUUUCUGAUCCGGUGCCAGACCUACGAGGGCGGUUUUGGGGCAUGUCCGCAGGGUGACGAGGCACACGGAGGCUACACAUUUUGUGCAGUCGCCAGCUUAGCCAUAUUGAACGAAAUUCCUGUUAUGAACAUUGAGCAGCUCAUGGAAUGGUGCAGUGCUCGUCAAUACAACGAGGAGAAAGGUUUGUCUGGGAGAAGUAACAAGCUUGUAGACGGAUGUUACAGCUACUGGAUCGGAGCUACUAGUGCCAUUCUCGAGGCCCACGGGUACGGAGACUGCAUAAACAAACCCCAGCUAAGAGAGUACAUCCUUAAGUGUUGCCAGAGUUCUGGAAGGCCCGGUUUGAGAGAUAAACCGGGCAAGUCUCCAGAUUUUUAUCACACCAACUACAUAGCGCUUGGGUUGUCCAUUACGGAAUACUCUUUCGAGGCAAAAAAAGGUCCAGACGCGCUAGUAAACAGUUCACGGAUUUUAAGGACUCCAGAGACAGAUUUACAACCCAUAAACCCUGUUUUCGGUCUUCCAUCAAAGGACUUAGCAGACAUCAUCAUCUUUAAUAAGGACCGUCUUUGA